UGAAUCAAGCCUUUUGGUCUGGUGUGGUGGGUAGCGAAUCCUUUCACAUGACUGACGGACUCUCGAUCUCCUUUGUGACGGCGGCGAAGCAGUGAUACCAUAACUCUCCUCAGUCAUUAGCCACGUCUACUAAUUCUCCAUUGGAGGAGGUUUUUGUGGAUAAGCUGAGGGUGGGAGCAAGUCAUGGGGAAGAAAGCGAAGAAGAAAGCUCCAACUCCAACUAAGGAGAAUCUGACCAAGAAGGUCUCUCAACAUCCUCCUAGUGAAAUAGCUGUUAAGGAGAAGAAGCAAGCUUGUGUGCAUUUCGACAAGGGUCUUAGUUUGGAUAAAGUGUUGGACAAGAUUAAGACUACUUCCGGGCAGAUCAAGUGUCAUGAAUGCAAGGAAGGGUUGAAAGGAAAGGGUAGUAAGGGCAAACAUUCUUCUUCUCCUUCUUCCGACAGAAAAGCUAUUUGGGUUUGUUUGGAAUGCGGCUGUUUUGUUUGUGGUAGUGUUGGUUUGCCAACUGCACCGCAGAGUCAUGUUCUCAAGCAUAUCAGAUCGACUCGUCACCGUUUGGUCAUUCAAUGGGAAAACCCUCAGCUGAGAUGGUGCUUCCCCUGCAAUUCGCUCCUCCCUGUUGAAAACGGUGCUGAGAAGAAAGAUGUGUUGUUGGAGCUCGUAAAACUGAUGAAAGAACGGUCUUUAAACAAUUUAGCUCCAUCUGAUCCAGAGCAGAGCUCAGGAAGUGGCAGUAUCUUUAGCGACAUCAGAUUAGAAAGUGCUGCUGUGACCAGUGGUAUAGAAGCAAUAGAUGGUUAUGUUGUGAGAGGUUUAGUUAACCUUGGGAACACGUGUUUCUUUAACUCUAUAAUGCAGAACCUUCUUUCUUUAGAUCAGUUACGCAGCCACUUCUUCAAAGAGGAUGUUUCUGGUGUUGGUCUGCCUCUUGCUUCUUCCCUGAGGAAACUAUUCGCUGAGACGAAACCAGAGGCGGGUGUGAAGAGUGUGAUAAACCCUAGAGCCUUUUUUGCGACUUUCUGUGCUAAGGCGCCACAGUUCAGGGGAUACGACCAGCAUGACAGCCACGAGUUGCUACGUUGUUUGCUGGAUUCGUUGAGCACCGAAGAAUCUGCCUGGAGAAAGAAGCGUGGUGUUUCUGAUAAAGAUGAGAAGUCUACUACUCUCGUAGAUUCUGUGUUUGGAGGCGAAACUUCGAGCAUUGUUUCUUGUAUUGAGUGUGGGCACUCCUCAAAAGUCUAUGAGCCGUUUUUGGACCUCUCUUUACCCGUACCGUUUAAGAAAACUCCCUCUAAGAAGCAGCAAGCCCUUUCUCGAGCAAAGAAAGCUAAGCUUCCACCGAAGAGAGUCUCUAAGAAUGUGUCAAAGGUUAAUAAAGUUUCAAAAGCGCUACCAACUAAGGCUCUGUCGGAACCGAGCCCUCCUGGAAAAGCUACAGCUGAUUCGGAUACGUCCUGUUCCAGUGUUGCACCUAUUGACAAUGGUGCGGUUUCAGAGACCCCUUCGGUUAUAACCCUUGACAAUAAGCAGGUAUCAGAGGUUGUAACACCAAGUGAUACUGGUUUUGAUAGCUUCUGGUUGGACAUCAUUGCACCAGAAACCUCUGGAGAUGAGACAAAUCUUGAUAUGGAAGAUAGCGUAAGUAAUCAAACCCCAACACCUGAGGCUAGUCAAAUUGUUCCAUGUCCAAAUAUUCCUGCCAAUACCUCAGUUUCAUUGGGUGAUCAGACUUCAGAAGGUAACGCAGAGAUGCUGAUGCAAGAUAGUGACGAGUUUGCAAAGGCAGAAACCAUUUCGGAUGAAAAAGAUGUACAAGCGACGCAGCCUGAGGAAUGCACAGCGACAAACGCUAUUUCUGCUGAAAUCAAUCAAGAUAGUUGCAUUGGUUUAGCGGAAAGUUCUUCCUCGGUGAAUCCAUGGGAUGAGGAAGAGCUUCCGUUGAUGGUUGCAGAUUCGCAAGUACUGUACAUGCCAUACAAAGAAACCAUAUCCAAUGAUGAUACAACAACAGCUCUGGAAGGUGAGGGCGAGGCUUCAUCUUCAUUUGUUGCUGCUGGUGAUCAGGAACCAGAAAACAAUGAUUUUGUUGGUUUAGGCGGUUUAUUUGAUGAGCCUGAGGUUACUACUGAAGGGCCUGUUUUUGGACCUCCUUGUAAGCCUGAAGCUUCGGGAGUUGUUGGUUCUAUGGCGUUCAGCAGCGAGUCUGAUCCUGAAGAAAUCGAUGAUUCAGAUUCACCAGUGUCUGUAGAGAGGUGUUUGGCUCAUUUCACUAAGCCUGAGAUUUUGUCUGACGACAAUGCUUGGAAUUGCGAGAACUGCUCAAAGAACCUGAAACUCCAACGGUUGAGGGAGAAACGUAAAUCCACCAGCAACGGAUGGGUGAGUGAAAAUGAAGAUGGAGUUUUGGGAGAAACAGAUAUGAAGGAAGAUCCAAGUGGUAGUUCCAGUAGUGUCAAGGAUAAUGGAAGAGAAGCUAUGAGUUGUAAUGACAGUGAAUCCGAAGGGGAAGAAGAUUCAGAGAAAGUGAUGACAGUGAAAAGAGAUGCAACUAAGAGAGUACUUAUAAACAAAGUUCCACCUGUCUUAACCAUACAUCUAAAGCGAUUCAGCCAAGACCUGCGUGGUAGGCUAAGUAAGUUAAAUGGUCAUGUUGCUUUCAAAGAAGUCAUCGAUCUUCGACAGUAUAUGGACCCAAGGUGUAGUAGUGGAGAAGACCCGCCGGUUUACAGAUUGGUUGGAUUGGUGGAGCAUUCAGGGACAAUGAGAGGAGGUCAUUAUGUGGCGUAUGUUAGAGGAGGAGGAGGAGGAGGUAAGAAAGUUAAAGAGAGUGACUCCUCCUCCUCCAGUGUGUGGUAUAACGUAAGCGAUGCACAUGUUCGUCAGGUUUCGUUGGACAAGGUUCUCCAUUCAGAAGCGUAUAUCUUGUUCUACGAACGGAUCGUCUGAGAUUUUUUUUUUUUUUUUGCAAAACAUAGUUUUGAUCUCCCAGGUUUUGCUGGGAACGUUUUUGACGAUCACAUUAGAUCAUUUUACCAUAAAUUUUUUUGUUUUAUUAUUGUGUUUCAAAGUUACAUCAUAUGUAUUUAUCAGAAACAAUGUCUGGAUAUGUUUGAGGCUCUCGACUGUGUUACAUUUCAAGCGAAUACAGUCUGAAAAAUCAAAUAUUGAAUCUCCAAUUAA